GCACUAGGUACCGGCUCUUCACAGGAGACGAACCAGAAAUGAAGAAGUCUGCCAAAGAUUCAUGUUCUAAACCUAUCGCCCUCAAUAAUGCUGAAAUCAUCCCUCGAGCCAUUCCUUUCCAUCACAAAAUGGUAAAGCGAUAUGGUAAAGUUUCGUUAUGCUGGUUUGGAAAUAUUCCAAGGCUGAUAAUUGGAGAUGCAGAACUGAUAAGGUUGAUAUUAGAAGACAAGAAAGGUGACUUUGUGCACCAACGCCUUAACCCACUGGUGAAUCUUCAACACAAGGGUGUGUCAACCUUCGAAGGUGAAGAAGGGAGUAAACGCAGGAGGCUAAUAACUCCUGCUUUCCACUUUGAAAAGUUGAAGGCAAUGGUUCCGGCAUUUUCAAGUUGCUGUAGCAACCUUAUUGAGCGGUGGCAAAAACAAGCGGAACCACAAGGGUGGUGUGAAAUCGAUGUUGUUCCGGAACUCGUUGCUCUGGCCUGUGAUGCCAUAGCUCGAACAGCCUUCGGAGUUAACUACGAAGAGGGAAAGGAGUUAUUUGAACUUCAGAAAAUGCAACUGCCUUUGCUGGUUGAAGCCUAUAAUUCCAUCUAUGUCCCUGGCUUCAGAUUCGUACCGACAAGGAAGAACAGGAGGAGGUACCAAUUAUACAACAAAAUCAUAGCACUGUUGAAGAAUAUGCUGCGGCAAAGAGAAGAAGCCAUGAAGAGAGGAGAAUUGGGAGGAGGGCUUGAUUUAAUGGGCUUACUAUUGCAGUGCAAAGAACAAAGCAACAAUGAUCUGGGACUUGAAGAUGUGAUAGAAGAAUGCAAAUUGUUCUACUUCGCCGGCCAGGAGACUACCGCCACCCUCGUCAUAUGGACUAUGGUCUGCUUAUCUAUCCACCAAGAUUGGCAAGAGAAGGCAAGACAAGAAGUUUUACAGAUCUGCGGCAAAACAAAGCCUGAUUCGGGAACCAUUAAUCGCCUCAAGAUCGUAUCAACGAUACUUCAUGAAGUGCUGAGACUGUUUCCUCCUCUACCCGACGUCUUCAGAUACACAGAGCGCGAAAGCAAGGUGGGAAGCCUAUUGAUACCUGCGGGGGUUGAGCUGUGCUUAUCGGUGAUGCAUGUUCAUUAUGAUACCAAUUACUGGGGUGAGGAUGCUGAUGAGUUUAAGCCGGAGAGAUUCAGUGAAGGAGUUUCAAAUGCUUAUUCAAAUGAUCAAAUGGCUUUCUUUCCAUUUGGUUGGGGCCCUAGAGUAUGUAUAGGCCAAGCUUUUUCCCUGAUUGAAGCGAAAACAGUCAUAGCCAUGAUCCUUCAACAUUUCUCAUUUGAACUCUCCCCUUCUUAUACUCAUGCGCCUCACCUUAACUGUAAUAUUAGGCCCCAGUAUGGUGCUCCUAUCAAUCUACGCCCUCUAUAGAUAAGUCAUCUGGUUGGCUUUGUGUUAUAGUUCUUGUGCUGUAUGGUAUGGUUGCGUCGUGUGCUCGGUUUCAG